AUAUAUAUAUGUCUUUGUUGUUGAAUGUUACGUGCUGAAUGAUGCUCGUCCUUCCAACCAAGUGCGAAACAACAUGUCGAGCAGGGUGAAACUAGAGCGAGGAAGGAUUUGAAAGCACCGUAAGUCUAGACUCACAAGUGAAGUGAGCAGUUUUUGUAGCUGGGCUGUCCCCAUCUGAACACGUUUCGUUUCCAAAACAUGAUUAGUUACCCGACCUGAAUAGUUCUAGUUAUCCAGAUAAGCAAAGCAUCUUCAUUUUGGAUAUUUGCUCAUACAGUCAACAAGAGCUGGCCGUUCCGGAAAUUCUUUCUUUGUUCGAAUCAUUUAUUACCCCGACAACUUCCCUUCUCUUUUGAGACUUUGUUCUUGAUCUGGUAAAGUUGUUUGAUUCAUCAUCAUCAUUGUUCAAAACUGAAUUCUUGGUUUUUGUUUCUGUAAUCGGCGGGUUUGUGUGUAUGUUGUUCACGAUUCAUUGAAUUUACUCAAUUUAGAUAGGAUAGGAAACAAGGGGCAGUUGUUUUGGGCAUUAUUGGUGUAGUUUUUGAGUGGUAAAGGUGAUAAUCUGAGAGAGGGAGGGGAGAUGACGUUGGGUUCGUCGUUGCCAGGGAGCUCAGGGUACUUGGAUUUGCACCCAGACCGGAAAAUGUUCUAUUUCAAGAAUCCGUACAUUCUCGGUUUGACUGUCGUCGCUGGGAUUGGUGGACUCCUCUUUGGCUACGACACAGGUGUUAUAUCGGGCGCUCUUCUGUAUAUCAAAGAUGAUUUUGAGGUUGUCAAUAACAGUAGCUUCCUCCAGGAAACAAUUGUAAGCAUGGCCAUAGUUGGUGCUAUAAUUGGAGCAGCUGCAGGUGGUUGGAUUAAUGAUGCUUAUGGACGUAAGAAGGCUACGCUUCUUGCUGAUGUUGUUUUUGCUCUUGGGGCAAUUGUCAUGGCUGCUGCCCCCGAUCCAUAUGUUCUUAUUUUAGGACGACUUCUAGUUGGUCUUGGGGUUGGUGUGGCUUCUGUGACUGCUCCUGUCUAUAUUGCAGAAGCAUCCCCUUCAGAAAUUAGGGGAGGACUAGUGAGCACCAAUGUACUUAUGAUUACUGGCGGCCAGUUUCUUUCCUACCUUGUAAAUCUUGGUUUUACAGAGGUCCCAGGGACAUGGCGAUGGAUGCUUGGAGUAUCAGGUGUUCCUGCAAUCAUUCAGUUUUUCCUCAUGCUUUGUCUGCCAGAGUCUCCGCGAUGGCUUUUUAUGAAGGAUGAUAAAGAGAAAGCCAUUACUGUGCUCUCCAAAAUUUAUGAAGUGUCUCGCUUAGAGGAUGAAAUUGAAUACCUUUCUUGUCAAGCAGAGGAAGAGCGCCAUAAGAAGAAGGAUGUUAGCUACUGGCAAGUUUUCCGAUCAAAAGAAAUCAGACUUGCGUUUCUUGUUGGUGCAGGACUUCAGGCAUUUCAGCAAUUCACUGGUAUUAAUACGGUCAUGUACUACAGCCCAACGAUUGUCCAGAUGGCUGGCUUCCAGUCCAACCAGUUAGCUCUUUUACUCUCCCUAAUUGUAGCUGCCAUGAAUGCUGCUGGGACGGUGCUUGGCAUUUACCUGAUUGACAAGUUUGGCCGGAGGAAGCUGGCCCUUUCGAGUUUAUGCGGUGUUAUUGUAUCACUUGUUAUCCUCUCGGCUGCAUUUUUCUCUCAAUCAUCUGGUUCUUCAAGUGGAAUCUACGGAUGGAUUGCAGUCUUAGGUUUGGCCCUAUACAUUGCUUUCUUUGCACCAGGGAUGGGACCUGUGCCAUGGACCGUGAACUCCGAGAUAUAUCCUGAAGCAUACAGAGGUAUCUGUGGGGGCAUGUCGGCUACUGUGAAUUGGGUGUCAAAUUUGAUCGUGGCACAGAGUUUCCUGUCAAUAGCCGAAGCUGUAGGAACCGGUGCAACCUUCCUGAUCCUAGCGGUUGUGGCUGUUAUCGCAUUUAUAUUUGUGCUUGUGCUACUGCCGGAGACAAAAGGGUUGACAUUUGAGGAAGUUGAGAGAAUUUGGAAGAAGAGGGCUUGGGGCAGUGGUUCUAACUCAGAAGCUCUUCUUGAGCGGGCAGAUGAGUCUUAGGAUUGUAUACCAUAUUGUUUUAUUCUAUAAGCGGCUAGAUGUUGUGGCAGACCAACUUGUAUCUUGCCUCAAUCGAUCUAAUAUAUGCCGAUCCAUUAUUUUCAAUAUAUGCAUAGCAUGAAGGAUGAAACUCGUCAUCCCUUGUGCCAAAUGAUGUUGGUCGAAGACUUUCAGACUUUAGGUCUGGACAAUAAUACGGUCGGAGAUGUGAACUAGUUGGCAAUUCGCACCGGCAUAAAACUAAGAAGGCAUGUGAAUGAUGUGAGAAAAGAAUCAUUCCUUUGGUAAU